GGAUAUAGAGGUGUGUUUUCCACAAGACAUUCGACACCAGAAACUGAAUUCAGCAUAAAUCCAAACCUGGUGCAGAGCCGCAUUUAGUCACCCAGAGAAGACUGAAGAGAAGUUUAUUCACAUUGUGGACAUACAGUUUUAAAAAACACAUCGCUUUCAGGAAGUUUGUUAAUCACUGCUAUCUCACAUAGGAAGCUGUAGGAGCAGUGUUAACCUGCUGGAGAUCAUCUGAGGAUUCACACUCUAAGACUUUGUUAUCCAGAGUUCCUUCUCCUGAAGGUCAAAGGUCACGUCACCAUGAGUCGCACAUGGCUAGGAGGACUUGCUCUGUUUUUUUUAUCCCAGAGCGCUUUUUCCAUGACUCUCUUCAAUGCCACGGGACUGAGCUCUCUCUUGGAAAAAUACGCUGAUGACAACGGAGCAAAACACAGAGGAAAGAGGGCCAUCAAUGCCAUCGAUAAACAGGCCAUCCUGGACCUACACAACAAACUCCGAGGUCAAGUUUAUCCGCCCGCGUCCAACAUGGAAUACAUGGUCUGGGAUACUGAAUUGGAGAGAUCUGCUGAAGAAUGGGCUGAGACAUGCUUAUGGGAACAUGGACCAGAAGGCUUGCUUAAAUACAUCGGGCAGAACUUAGGAGUUCAUUGGGGAAGGUAUCGCCCUCCUACAUCUCAUGUCCAGGCCUGGUACGACGAAGUGAAAGAUUAUUCCUUCCCAUAUCCCCAAGAGUGUAACCCUUAUUGUCCUUUCAGAUGCUCAGGGCCAGUGUGUACUCACUACACACAGCUCGUUUGGGCAACCAGCAGUCGAAUCGGCUGUGCUGUUAAUGUGUGCUAUGAUAUGAACGUCUGGGGACAAAUCUGGACAAAGGCUGUUUAUUUGGUCUGCAAUUACUCUCCAAAAGGGAACUGGUGGGGAAGUGCCCCAUAUAAACAUGGUACACCAUGCUCAGCCUGUCCACCCAGCUAUGGAGGAGGAUGUAAAGACAACUUGUGCUACAAAGAUGAAAAUCAAUUCUAUUAUGAGGAGACUGAAGAAGACAACGUCAUUGAACCCGAAGCACCGGUCACUACAAGACGUCCUGACCCACACUCACAUGCACACAGCACCACAGUUGUGAGCACCGAACAGAUGUCACAACUUGUAACAUGUCACACGAAACUCCGGGACCAGUGUAAAGGCACAACGUGUAACAGGUACGAAUGUCCAGCUGGAUGUUUGGACAGCCCUUCAAAAGCGAUAGGAACUGUAUAUUAUGAAAUGCAUUCGAGCAUCUGCAGAGCCGGCCUUCAUUACGGAGUGAUCGAUAACAAUGGAGGCUGGAUGGAUGUCACGAGAAUAGGCAGGCAGGAGUUUUUCAUCAAAUCCUACAAAAAUGGGGUUCAAUCUCUCGGGAAAUAUCAGAGUGCCAAUGCUUUCAUUGUGUCCAAAGUGGACAUACAAGUGAUUACAUGUGAGACUACAGUGUCUACAUUGUGUCCACAUGAAAGCCCUGUUAAACACUGUCCCAGAAUCUACUGUCCGCAAAACUGUCUGCAAGAACCCGCCCAGGUCUCCAGAGUCAUCGGGACAAGAAUUUAUUCCGAUAAAUCCAGUAUCUGCAGAUCAGCAGUUCACGCCGGUGUGAUACAGAACGAACACGGCGGCUACAUUGACGUGAUGCCGGUGGAAAAAAGGAUGUACUACUAUGGUUCCUAUCAAAACAACGUUUUUUCUGAGAGCAUGCAAAACCCUCUAGGAGGAAAAGCUUUCAGAGUGUUUGCAGUCAUCUGAGCGCAACUUGAAUCACCUUUCUUUCCGGUUGGUUGUUUACACAAGUGACAGUUAAGUGCAGUUUGAAGGUGAAGAAGAAUGAAGAAAUCUCUACAUAUUUGCUAUAUUUUGUUCAAUUUGUUUCUGCAGAUGUUGUACGUAAUGGUUUUUUUUGUCUUUGUGAUGUUCUCAUCCUAAAUUUAAGGCAUUUAAUUAGACAAUGCAGGGAAUAUAUAUUCAAAACAUCUAAAAGUCUGUGUUCAUUACUGUGUUCAUAGAACCUUUUCAUUAUACUAUCAAUUACUAAAUAUCAGAAUACAUAUUAAAAUACAGUGUGUAACAGCUGAUCAAUCAUUUGGUAGUGCACUCAGACAUUUGGACCCAACUUUAUAUAGAGUUGUUCACAAAUGCAUUACUGUUUCCAAUAAUAUUCAGAUUUCAAAUUCUUCUACAAGUACAUUACUUUAAGCCUAAAAUACACAGAGAAAAAAAAAUAUAACAAAUAUAAAACAUCGAUUAGAAUAUAAAUAUAAAUCAAUAUACAACAAAUCAAUAUCCAGUUUUAAAUAUGUAUAUUCAUAUGAUAAUAUAUGUAUAAUAACAAGGCAACUAUUAAAAUAAACAACCAAUAUUUGCCUAAUCUAGUCCUUUAUCUUUAUCUUUGAAACCAAAGUAAUAUACUGCAGAUCAUAAUAUACUAAUGAAAUUAUAAAUAAGCAGAUGCAGUUAUAUAAUGUUUUUUUUAGUUGGGCCCUGUGUCAGAAAAAAGGACCUAAUUAAACAUGGUGAGAUUACAAGGUGGUCUACAGCCACCUCAAAAGAGCCUGGCCCCGGUACUGGAGGCGGGCUACCUUUCCAUGGCCCACCCUCUAUUUUAACUAUUACAUAACAAGCCCUGGCACAAUGAAUGCUGUAGUGAUGUUAACAAAAAAAGAAAGAAAAAUAAACCAGCCAACAAAAACAGCAAAAACAACAACAGCAAAUAUCUGUCUAAAAUGGCUUUUACUAAUAUUAUUAUUAUUAUUAUUAUUAUUAUUAUUAUUAUUAUUAUUAGUAUUAUUAUUAUUUUUUUAUUAUUAUUAAUAAUAAUAAUAAUAAGAAAAUGUAUGCACAGUUUCAUGUCACAGGAAUGAUGUGAUUGAAUAAUUUAAAGAACAAAAUGCUAUGCAUAAAGAAAAAAUUUAAGUUUUGUUCAUUUAUAAUUUUUUGUAUACAUUUACACGAGUAUUCAUCCGAUAAGGAAAAAAAAAACACAAAUCGUUCAAAUUAGCACUUAAUUACAGUGACACUAGUAAAGUGCAGCUAUUGCAUUACAUUACAUUAUAUUACAUUACAUAUUAUAUAUAUAUAUAUAUAUAUAUAUAUAUAUAAAAGACAAAAUUAAAACCCUCAAUGCAGCACACAUUUAUUCAUGUCAUCCUUUUUAUUACUUAGAUAUAACAAAAAAUAAACUCCACUGAAAAAUAUUUUUUUAUCACUAAACAUUUAUUUUACUAAAGCAGCAAGUCUCAAAUCAAGCACCAAAAUCCAACAUGAUGCACACAUUCAGCUUUUAAAACACCAUAAUUUCUUUAAAACUUUAACAAGAAUAUUUUGUCUUCAUGCGCUACGUUGAGCAUGGUUUCACUAACAAUUAACAUAUAUUUCCAUAAAGCAUCCAUAUUUGCUUAUGGCCAUGCUUAUUAGAAUAUUACAAACCUGAAAAGUAUUAAUUUAAGGUACAUUUAGGACAGAUAAAAAUGUGUGAAUUGGAGUUAACUCAAGAAAAUCACAAUUUUAUCGCAAUUAAAUAAUAUAAUUGAUUGACAGGCCUAAUAUAUAAUAUAUUAUAUAUAACUUCUUUUUGCCUUUUUUUGUAUUUUUGUAUUACAUAUCACUGCAUCAUAAAUUUGCAAUAAUCUCUGCUUAUACUGUUUUAAUAUGUGGUCCAGUUUCCAGUCAUUUGGAUCUCCUGCUUUUGUAAAAGUCUCAAUUCUGGUUACCUGAUGAUUACUUUCAUUUAUCCACAAAUGAACGCAUAGCAUUGAUGAUUUUUGUUAGAUUGUACUGCGGAGGAUGUCAGUUGUGACCUCCCCUGAUUAUGGCACAUGUUUAGGACGUACUUAUGUUCUCAAAAAAAUUGUGUAUUUUUUUAUUGUUUAUGUCUUUUUAUAUCCAUCCAGCUGCUAAGUAUUUUAUUUUAUUUUUUUCAUUAUACCUGAGGUAUUGUAAAUUGUAGUAAUGAUGAUAUUCCUGCAGAGCAGGAAACUAUAUUUCAAUAAUUUUCAUAACAAAAAAAAACAUUGAAUAUUGUACUUUAACAGCAUUUAACAUUAUGUAAAUAUGAUCAUUUUCUAUAGUUGCACAUGAGUUAGAAAUAUAAUUUAAUAGAGUAGGUUACAAACAAUACUGUUUGCUAUUUGGUAUUUAGGCUUGAUGCUAUUUCUGUACACAAUCUGUUCUUUUCUGACUUGACUUCAGAAUAAGACGUUAUUAAUCACAAAUCGUGUAUUUGUG